CAUAAAUAAAACAUGCUAAAUAUCGCUAGACACAAAGAGGCUGCUCGCAGCCUAGCCUGGAUGUCUCUACGGAAUAAAAGCUUCAAACAGGUUAGAAGAGACCAAGAGAACAGGAUAUACACAUCCAUGGCUGAGAUCAACAGGAUUAGGAACAUCGGAAUCAUUGCUCAUAUUGAUGCAGGAAAAACAACUACUACUGAAAGGAUGCUCUAUUAUUCAGGCACAAUAGAAAAUCCUGGUGAGGUUCAUCAUGGAAAUACAGUAAUGGACUACCUUGAGCAAGAAAGAAAAAGAGGAAUCACGAUUAGAGCGGCCACCACAAGCUUUAAAUGGAGAGGCCUGAAUGCAGACGACUUCUACCAAAUUAACUUGAUAGAUACUCCUGGACAUGUUGACUUCACUGCUGAAGUAGAAAGAUCCCUAAGAGUCUGUGAUGGAGCUAUUGGAAUCUUUGAUGCAAUGCAAGGAGUUGAAACUCAGACAGAGACAGUAUGGCAGCAAUCAAACAGGUUCGGAAUCCCAAGACUCGGGUUUAUCAACAAAUUAGACAGAAUAGGAGCUGAUAUCGAGACGACUCUGGAUUCAGUUCGGAAUAAACUCAAUAGCGUUCCUCUCCUUGUAAAUAUUCCUUCAGGAGAAGAUGCAUCCUUUGAUGGGAUUGUUGAUCUUGGAACAAUGAGGCAUUAUUCUUAUCUUGAUGAUCUUGGAAAGAUGGUAGAAGUUGAAGACUGUGAUAAAGACCAUUUUGCUUACGAAAAAGCCAUGUUUUACAGAGAUAGACUGAUUGAAGAUCUUGCAGAAAUAGAUGAUACUAUUGCUGAUAAAUAUCUUGAAGGAGAAUUUAUCUCACACAUUGAUAUCAAUAACUCCCUGAGAUAUUGCUUAAGAACUAAGAAUUCUGUUGCCCUUCAUUGUGGAAGUGCAUUGAAGAAUAGAGGAAUCCAGCCGUUAUUAGAAAAUGUGGUUAACUUGCUCCCAUCUCCUCAAGAUACUGAGAGCAUUUCAGGAUCAGAUGUUUCUACCGGACAGAAAAUUUACAGAUUUUCUAAUCCUAAAGACAAACUCUGAGCUUUUGCUUUCAAAGUUGUUGCUGAUCCUAUUAGAGGGCUUGUUACCUUCUUUAGGGUUUACUCAGGAACCUUGAAGAAUAGGACUAAAAUUAUGAACUCAAAAACAGGAAGAAUUGAGAAAAUAACCCAACUCUUCAGAAUGACAGCAGAUGAAGUUACAAAUAUCGAAGAACUUGGUGUUGGAGACAUUGGAGCUAUCACUGGAGUCCAUAACAUAAGAUCAGGAGAUACCUUUAUCCAAGAAGAUGAUCCUGAGCGUAUCCAACUCUCAGGAGUCUCAAUUCCUCCUCCAGUAUUCUUUUGCUCCAUCGAGGCUGAACUUUCCCGAGACCAGAAUAAGCUAGCACAGGUGAUCCAAGAUCUCACCUAUGAGGAUCCUAGUAUCUCAGUCUCUGAGAACAGGGAUACUGGGCAACUCCAGAUCAGCGGAAUGGGAGAACUUCACCUUGAGAUCCUGAAAGACAGAAUUGAAAUAGAUUAUGGAAUCAAGGCUUUCCUUGGCACCAUGAGGGUUGCCUACAGAGAAUCUGUCAGUGGAAAGACAAGACAUACCUUCACCGUCGAUACUAAGAAAGCUGGGAAGUCAAUCUUUGCAGAACUCACUCUUGAAGUUGAAGGUCUUGAAGUAGAUCAUGGAGAAGCAGAGGAAGUUGCUGAAGCUGAAGAGUAUGUCCUCGAUAAUCUUUCGGAGAAAACUACUGCUGAUAGCAGUACUCAGCACACAGAUGCAGAAAAAUAUAACAAGAUCACAAGAGAUUACCUCAAGCUUGAGAAACGUUCUGAAAGAAAGAAGGUUGAUGAUGACAAACUGAUUAAGAGAGGAAGAUCUAGAGAAGUAAAAGGUGAAGAUUUUGAGUUGUUAAGAUCUCUUGAUUCAGCAUCAGCAGAGAUCUUACUAGGCAUAGAGGAUGCCAUCAAUACCUCCCUGGAGAGUGGACAACUUCUUGGAUACCCAAUCGUCCACACUAGAGUUAGAAUUGUUGAUGGAAAAUGGUCUAGCCUUAGAUCUGACGAGCUAACUUUUAAAGAAUGCGCUGCAAGAUGAAUGAAAGAAAUCUUUAUGAAGAGUAAUAAAAAUCUCCUUGAGCCUUACAUGAGAACUGAGAUCCAAAUUCCAGAAUAUUGUCUAGGAGAUAUUGUGUCAAAUAUUUCAGGAAAGAAGGGAGGAAAGAUCAUUAGCAUCAACAAUGUUAAGCAAAAAUUCUCUGAUGAUAUUGACUCCGGUAGAAAUAUUUUAAAAUGCCUUCUUCCUCUGAGCCAGAUAGUUGGCUACUCAAAGUACCUCAGAAGUGUCACAAAAGGAGAGGGUACUUUCAUCAUGGCAUUCUCCCAUUUCCAGGCUCUAAGUGAAGAGAUGCAAGCAGAAGUGCUAGAUAAUCCUUUCUUUUAAAUAAAAUCUUAUCUUCAC